AUGUAUUCUGUGAAGAAUGUGUUCUUGUUUUCUCUCGCUCUUUCCUUGCCAACUCAUGGGUUUUGUAAACGGGAUGAAGCCUCAUCAGUAAUCUCAGGAAUCCAAAAGAUUUCCGACGCCGUCAUCACUCUCAACAAAACAGUUAGCAGCUAUCCCGGAGGCAUUGAGGGCACCAUCACAGCGCUCGAUAUCCUAGGAGACUCCUUUUCACUAGAACAUGCAAUCACUAGCACAACCUCUGAUGCAAAACAGUCCGCCAACUUUACCGACACCGAAUCGCAAUCCAUUGCGCAGGCAUUUGUCAAUCUAGUUCCAACGAUUCAGUCAAGCUUGACGACGAUUGAAGGGAAAAAGUCAGAGUUUCAACAUGGACUGCUUGGGCUGGCAAGUUUGGACUGGGUGGUUGAAGAUCUCCUCAAAACACUCAAGAGUGAUAGCGAUGCUUUGUCGACUGCAGUUAUUGCUAAGCUAACGAGUACCUGGGCUGGGGUGGCCCCGUUGGUUGUGUCGCAAAUUGAUGCUGCAUUUGAAACCGCGAUUACAACUUAUUCUACCUAA